AGUAUGAGAAAUACUGCGUGUGUUUCUGAAAUUGGCGGGACUGCUGAAAACUGUAAACAACCAAUGUUUUCCUUCGUUGUGUCACUUGUCGACCAAUUCAACGCCCAGUUUCGAAGAGAGCUUUGUAGCAGAUGUGUCUAGGUCUAUGUUCCCCAAACCAUGUCAUCUUACCUUGGGGGAGGCGUCAUUUCCUUGGAUCGAUGGGAAGGUCUGAAAGAAUGGCAUCGGAGACAUCAGGAUUUACUUGGAGACAGGGGCAAUGACUCUGAUCUAGGAGGUUUCCGGAGUCAGUCUCAGUCCUCUGCAUUAAGUCUUAUGAGUGAUGCAAAUGAAAUUAAUAUUCCAUACAAGAAUGAGUCACAAAAUCCUGAUAAAUCUAAAGUAGGUGAUUUAUUUCUGCCACCUCCUGACAAACAUGAUCUAUCCAUAAUUCCUGAAGGUGAUGAAGAUUCUCGUUCAAGAGAUGGAGGAGAUCUUGAUUCUUUUAAAUUCAAACAAAGCACUCAGAAAAACAGUGAUGUAAUUAAGCAAACAGAUUCAAGUCAGAGUAGUGCUACCGGAAACUCAAAUAUGCCUGCUAAAUCAAGCACCGGAAACUUUGCGGCAGGUUUGCGAGACAAUGCAGAAAAUGCUGUUGUUAAAAAACCAUUCCUCCGUAGGGGUCAGGGGCUUGUCAAAUAUAAUUUGAAGCCUGAAGAUUUGCGGAAUCCGUACAGAAAAGGCCCUGUAAAGAAUGUUAUGUCCAAAGAGAAAAAUGAUCGACCCAAAGCAAGGAAUUUUGCAGAAAGGCACCGUACUUUGAACAGAGUGGAACGGCAGUCUACUGUGAAACAGCAAUGGAAUGCCUCUCAACAUCUGAAAACUUCUUCUUUGGAAAUUCCUAUGCAGCGUCUUGUCCUUUCAGUACCCUCCCAAAAGGCACAGAGUGUAGAAAUAGGCACUUGGUCUCAAGUCUUUGGUGGGGAUGCCAAACUUUCAGGAGAGUCUGGCCCUGAUAAUACAUUAAAGCAACCUCAUGCCAAUCCCAUUCCAAAACAAGAUGUACCCAAGACUUCAUCAAUUCAUCUAGAAGGCAGAGUUGGAUAUUUUGCAUCGCCAAGAAGACGGAAUGCCGUCGGGAAGGGAGAUUCAUCUCCAGAGGAAGAUCAGGAGUCUCUUGCAGCUUAUUUAGACUUGGAACAACAUGUGGGAAAUGCCAGCUUUUGUUCAACCUCAUCCAAAGUAGAUAGACUUGUGUCAAAAUCUUCUAAUUCAGCAAUACAUCAAUCAAAUCCAGAUGCGAUCACACAGUCAAAGCAGCUAACACCUGUGAAAACUGGUCGCAAGUUCAUAGUCAGUGGGAGGGACAACAGCUUAUCCUCAGAAGACCAUCCCGGAAUGUGGUCUGCUACUGACAUAGAAAAUCUACUUAAAGCUCGUGCUCGCAGAUCGGGAUCCCUCAUAAAACCUUUUUCUGAGCCACCCAGGAACGACAUGCUUAGCUAUGGUAAAAUAUCUGCAAUAGAGCAACCAGACUCAAAGAAAUCUGAAGAUGAUCUCAUCAGUUUUGCUCAAGACGACAAUGCAAAAGCUCAACAAGAAGAUAUUAAUUGGAUGUUAGAGGAGUUGGGCCCUGUGAGGAAACCUCAUCUUAUGAAAACCAUGUCAAGUAUAGAUCUUGAUAGCAGUCUAAUUAAAAAUGCCCUGGCACCAACUCCUCAUGAGGAAAGUGAGUCAGAGUCAGAAUCCAGUACCACAGACAGUUCUUCUGAGGAGGAAAUUGAAGAUGGCGUGGCAUUGGGAGGGGGUGCUAUCUCAAAAAUAACACUUUCAAGCAAAUCUCCAGAUAUACUGCAACCUGGUAAAGAAGUGAGUUCUGAUUCUUGUGGGUCCGUUAAGUUUGUCAAUGACUCUACCCUUCAAGAAAUCAACCAUCAGAUUGAGUCACACCUUGGAGACCUCCGGAAGGAAAUUGAAACUCUGCAAUCAGCAAAAGGAAAAACUCAAAAGUACAUGACUAAUUUGGAAAAGAAGGUUCAAGAGCUGGAACACAGACUAAUUCUUGAGUCCCGUUCUUUCAAUAAACGGCUAGAAGAUGAAAGGGAAGCAGCCGCCAAACGCUUUAUGGAGGAACAGAAUAAAUUUCAGAAAGAAAAGCAGUCUCUUCAGAGGAUGUUGAGAGAGGAACGAAGAAAAGCACCAGAUCCUAUUACUCAACAGGAAGUUCUCAGGUUGAAACAACAGGUUGCUGAAUGGGAGGAAAAAUGGAGAUCUGACCGUGCUAAAGCAAGGGGGUUGGAAAGUAACAUACGCAUCCAACUAACUAACUUGAAAAGGGAGAAUGAGAAGUUGAAAGAGGAAAACAGCAAAUUACGAAGAGAAAAGGAGACAGCUUUCAAUACAGCCAAAGCUAAGGCAGCUUCUAACACCCGAGUAAUUAAUUCUAUUGCUCAACAACUUGCUGGAACAAAUAAACCAAAGGUCACAAUUGUAAAAGAAGGAAAUUCUAAACAGAGAAAGCCAACAAUUAGUUCCGCUUACAAUUUAAAAUCUUCAAUGCAGCCGAAAGGUUUGAAACCACAGGCUACCAUUGAAAACUUUCCCAAGAUUCCUCAUACAUCCAACGAGUGGUCAAGUGAUGACGAAAUUGAUCUUGGUAAAGAGUCAUCAGAUGAGGAGGAUAUUACAGAAACUUUGGGAGCUGAAAUGUUUAAAAAACAAACACAACCGCCCAUAUCCUUGAGACCUUAUGAAAAUUCCACUCAAAGUUUGCCAGAGCAAGAAAUAAUAGAUUUAGAGGAAGCUCAGGCUAAGUAUGAUGCCAUUUUUGGAAAAGGGGACAUUGAUUCACCUACAACUAAAUCAAGCAGUAAAACAUUGGAGAGGAUUCAAGAGUCUCUAAAUACAAAGUUACCUCCAGAUACCAAGUGUGCAGCACAGGAUGUCAAUGAAACUGAGAAAUUCGUCAAGUCAACUCAUCAUCCAGAUGGAACAAUAGAACAAGUAAAAGAGAAUGGCACAAGAGUUGUCACCUUUCCGGACGGCACUUGGAGGCGUCACAGUUCCAGUGGCAGUGUAAUGACAGUGCCACCCAGUGGAUGGCCCAUUCAAAUAUCCUAUUUUAAUGGAGACCAACUGGAGAAACUCAGUGAUGGCCGAACAAGAUAUUUCUAUGCAAAAACAAAUGUCUGGCAAACUUCGUAUCCUGAUGGUCAUGAAGAGCUGCUGUACCCAAGUGGUCAAGUAGAGCGCCGGGAGCAAGACGGAUCGGUAAAAAUUAUCCUUCCUGGGUCUGAUACCAACUCCAAUAAAGUUCAAGGACCUGAUGGAAUAUCUGUUGAAAAACUUUCAAAUGGGGACUCAGUGAUUCUUCUUCCAACUGGUGAACGGGAACUUCAUACAAGGGACUAUAUGAGGAAGGAGUUUUUGGAUGGAACCAUUAAAUACUUGUACAAGAAUGGUAGCCAAGAAACACGAUACCCAAGUGGCAGAAUUCGUAUUAAGGAUCCUCAGGGCAAUUUGGUUAAGGACACUGGUGCCUCUUGUUAACUUACUUUUAAGAAAGUUUGUAUUUUAAGAUUGUCUUUAAAACAUUUAUAAUUUGCUCUUUUUUAUGUCUAUAUUUUUUUAAAAAGAAAUGUUGUGAGUACCCUGCAAUAUAUUUGUUCAAUGUAAUCUAGUUUGGCUUGUAUCCUCAGGAUUUCCUUUGGAGUACAAGGCAAACUAGAUUGCAUUAGCCAAUGAUCUAUGUUUUUAAGGAGCUGUUUGAAGAGAGUUAAUAAAUUUCAUACAAUUUACAAAGAA